ACACAACGUUCACUCUUUGUGGUAGUGCAAGAAGUAAUUUCUCGCCUCACAUCAGAUAACCCGGUUCCAGAUCUAACAGUCAGCCAACCGAACGGCACAUCCGGAGGCGACGCAAGCGAUCCGGACGAUAUGGCGCCGACGGCAAUGAGCCCAGGUUCGAGCGCGGCUGAACGAGUCUUUAAAGAGGUCGUCGAAAAGCGAUGCGUGGUGGUCUACACGGAUAGAGAUGCCGAGCUUCAGAAGUAUUCCGAUGUUAAUCUCAUUUCAAUGCCUGCAGAUUAUCGAUACAUUGACGAAUCGAAACGAAACAGUCGAGUUGUUAAAGAUCAGUCGAAUAGCAGCCAAAAACGUUCUAAACGUGGUACAACGCGAGCGAAUGCCACUGGCUUUUAUUAA